AUGGGCAACGUGGCCUGUGUCCCGCCGGCCCCCGGGAGGCUCCGGGGCUCCUUCGGCAGGAAGCCUUCCCUGAGGAAAGAGAAAGAUGGCAAGAAAAAGUUGCCCAGUUUCUUUGGCACUGAAGGAGGGCAGGAGAGAGACACGACCACAGACAAAAUUCUGCAGUAUAUUCCAGCAAAGAAUAUUCAGAACCAGGAAAACCAGAAAGAAAACUUGGACCAAAGGUUCCCCAGCCUGUUCAAGAAGGGGCGCAGGAAAACGGUCGUCAGGAACCUAGGGAAAAUCAUCUACUACUCCAAGGUCAAGUUUAAAUUCCAGCACUGCCAGGUAAGCUGUGGAAGCUGUUUGUGGGUAAAAUGCCCUGAAGUCUCCAAGGUAUCUCCAAGAUGUUUGUCCUUUCCGCAGGAGGUGAACGACUGCUACCUGGAGCUGUUUCAGUCCUACCUGUACUUUCAAUCCAUGGGCUCCAAUGGACUCACCUACCAGGGGCUGCUGCCUUUAAAAGAGCUGAACGUGUGUGAAAUUGCGAAUGUGAAGGGCCCCGAGGAACAUGCUUUCCGGAUUACAGGUCCCUUGCUGAAUCCUCUUAUCGUGUUCUGUCCUACUGAGUCGGAGCUGAAGCAGUGGCUUUAUCACCUGGAGAAGCAGAUCCAGCUAAAUGGAGGAAGCCUUGGCUUGCCCUUGCUCUCCCAGAGCGCCUGGAAGGGGAGCUCCCUGGGGAAGGAGGAGCUGCGCUGGUCUGUGCAGAACAGCCCCGUGCAGGAGUGGAGAGGGACCCAGCGGGAAUCCUUAGGCGAUGUCCUCUGCGUUUCCAAAGUGAAGCUCCAGCAUCUGCCUUUCCAGGAGCAGCACGACCGGCUCUUGGUCCUGUACCCCUCCACGCUGGUGAUAGUGUCUGAAGAGCGCAACAGCCUCUAUUUCAAGGGUGAGCUCCCACUGAACGCUGUCCAGGUGCGUUUCGACAAGAACGAGAAAACCUCCUUUUUAAUAGAAGGGCGACUGAUCAAUUCCAUCCGGGUGAUCUGCCCCAGCUAUGACGAUUACCAGGAGUGGCUCUACUGCCUCAAAACAGCCCAGUUCCGAAACGCCGACUCCUCCCUCUCCGGAUCCGAGAGCUUCUCGGGAUCGAAGCUGCUGCCCGUCGGCCCGUUUGCGGGCAGCGGGAGAGGGUCCCUGGCUUCCGAUGGCCGCACAAACUCCUGGACGUCCGGGGGGAAAGUGGCCACCUUGACACACGUCUCGCAGCCCGGCGGCCCCCUCGCCAACGGCCCGGCCUGCGCCCUCGUGCCGGAGAGCAGGGCGCUCCAAGAGCCGCUGAGCCCCGGCUAUUCCCAGCCUCUCCACCCGCACGGAUGGAGCGUGGUGGGAAGCCAGCGCUCGGCAGCCGGCGCCUCCCUGGAGAGGGCGGCUGUUCCGCGCUCCCCGCUCUACGCAGACCCCUACGCGCCCUGCAACGUGCCCGGCUCCAGCUUUCUGGAAGAGGUCUCUUCGCUGCGAGAGGAGCAUCGGGGCACCUCAUCACAGCCCCCAGGGGGGAACACCUACGACCUGCCGGAUCCCGGCUACGGGUACCGCGACUCCGCCGCUUACCACGACUACGCCGAGCUCCAGAGCUUCCAGAGCGACUUCAGCUACGACAACCUGUGGGAUGCGGAGGGCGGGGAGCCGGGGGCACCAAGGGGCUCCCCCGCAGCGAGCCAGCAGUUCUACCAGGCCUGA